UGGAAACGGCGACAAGAUGGCGUUCUAAACAUGAAGUUUUGAGUUUGGUCACUACAGAUUUUUUUCAUAUUGCUUUACAAGAAACAACACAAUGCCUCUUGGGCCGUUUGGUGAGGUGGUUGGUACCACUGGUACCCUUGAAUCACUUACACCAGCAGCAUUGCAAGAAUACAAGACAAAAGUUAUAGCUCCCCGGAAUCCCAAACUCAUCAAGGAUGACGACCCACAACAUAAGAUGACUCCAAGCAAAUUCCUAUUUGACAUGUCAAUGGACACUGACCAGAAGCUGGCCAAUACUCGGAUGCGGAUCCCUCGCAAGGUGGAGCUGCUGGACAUGGGAGAAACAUCACUACAGAAGUUUUCACAAGUGAACAUCGAUGAGCCAAUGUUCCAGCCAUUUCCAUCGGAGAUCUACUUCCAGAACUUCGAACCUUAUGACACAUAUGAGAUCCCAUUUGUACUUAGAAACAAUGAUAAGGUGCCCCGCCUUGUAAAGGUAACACAGGCCAAUUCUCCAUACUUCCAAAUAAUCAGCCCCCAUGAUGUGGGUCACAAGGUCGGGCCUGGCCUUCCUACUACCUUCAAAAUACAGUUCAUGCCGGAUGAGAAGAAGGACUACACCCAUGAGCUGGUGUGUAUCACAGAAAGAGAGAAGUUUAUUGUGCCAGUGAAGGCGAUCGGGGCACGAGGGAUCCUGGACUUCCCUGAUGAGAUCAACUUCCCAAUCUGUCCAAUCAAGUACCCAAACUCAAAAACGCUUCUCAUCAGGAACAUUGGAAACAAGGAUGCUAAAUUCACCCUCACUGUAGACAAACCCUUCUCAGUAAAUCCUGACAUUGGCGUCCUGCCUGUGAAUGAGAGUAUGCAGGUGACCGUUGACUUUCAGCCCCAAGAAGGAGGUGACCACAAGGCAGACCUGGUGCUGCACUAUGACACAGGAGAGGAUGUGUUUAUAUCCUUAUAUGGAGCUGCCCAGGACUCCAAUGUCAGACUUGACAAGAACUCUAUCAGAAUUGAAAACACAUUUAUCUCCAUGGCUAAUGAGAGAACUGUGACGAUCCACAACCGAUCAGACGUCAGCCACUUCCACUGGUCAGAGUUUGCCACGCAGGAAGAAGAAGAUCAACACAAGCUCAUGCGUCAGAUUGACCUUGACAGAGAGGAAAGGAUGGACACUGACCGUUUCCUGGAUGAGUGUGUGACUGACCCCACUCUUCGGGAUAAGCUGUCAAUCCUGGGGAGGACCUUCCAGAACAGGAAGAGGAUGGUAUCAGAUGACAAGCUGUUGUUCAAUGAUGACGUCAUCAAACUUGAGCCCGUGGAAGGGGACAUUUGGCCCAACUCCUCAUUUAAUGUCAGCGUCAUCUUCAAGCCACGAGAAGCUAAAGCAUACACACAUACUGCAUUCUGUAACGUCACCGGCAGAGAGAGCAGGUUGCCAUUGCGUAUCCGUGGGGAAGGCAUCGGACCCAAAGUGGAAUUCUCAUUUGAAACAUUGAACUUGGGAAAUAUAUUUAUCGGCUCCACCCACACAUAUGAGGUAGUCCUUGCCAACAAUGGAGAUAUUGAUGCUAUAUUCAGUGUGAUGCCCAAGUCCACAGUGUUUGGGCCGUGCUUCCAGUUUAACCUCGAGGGGAUUGUCAUGCCUGGAGGACAUCAGGCCAUUCAGAUCAAGUUCAGCAGCCCCUACCUGGGAGACUUCCAGGAGGAAUUCCAGUUCCAGGUUGAUGGCUCUCCAGAGCAGCUUCAGAUCACAUUCAUCGGAUCUGUGAUCGGGCCUACAUUUCAGUUCAAUGUGCCAAAGUUGAAGUUUGGUACAGUGUCAUACGGGUUUCUGAACACCCAGUACUGUACUCUGAUGAACACUUCCCUCGUCCCCAUGACCUUUCACCUCCGUGUGCCAGGGGACGGUACAACCGAUAGUAUAUGUAGUACCAGUGACCUUGACACCACCCGUAGUGAGCUUGGCCCAACAGGAGUAAACUCUCCAAGAGAGUUUGAGAUUGUUCCAUCAACAGAGACAAUUCCUCCUCAGAGUGAGAUCAAGGUGACAGUGAACUUUGUAUCCAACACAGUCAAGAAAUACGAUGUGUCGUUGGUGGUGGAUGUGGACAAUGUGGGAGAGGAGAUCCUGACUCUACCAAUACAGGCAAAAUGUGUGGUGCCGUCAAUAACAGUUCUGACUCCCAUCCUGGACUAUGGACGAUGCUUCCUCCGCCACCCCUACGAACAUCGCAUCAAACUGCACAAUGACAUGGAUCUUCAAGCCAAGUAUGAACUGGUGCCACAGAAAAACAUCAUACCCCUAGAAGGAGCUCCCAUACUAUACCAGAGCCCCCAGACAAAGGGCAUCAUCCCCCCUCACAGUGUGAUGGAGGUACCGCUGCUGGUGGAGGUACAGGCAUUGGAGGAGCAGGAUACCCCGGUCUACGUCCGCAUCUUCGGCAGUCAGGAACCUCCCCUGCCUGUCCAUGUGACAUGUAUCGGGGAGGGGCCGGUGGUCCACACCACACCUCUAGAGCUGGACUGGAACGUUGUCCCUGUACUCACAGAUGUACCCAAUGUUGUAACUCUGGCUAAUGAGUCUCUCAUCCCAGCCAGGUUCACAGCUCACAUGAUGCGGCCAAACACUGUGUUCCGAGUGGAGCCAUCAGAGGGUGAGAUAGCUCCAGAGGAAAUAAUACAGCUGACAGUAACAGCACAUUUAGAUGACUGUGUCAGAUUCCAAGAUAAGUUACAGAUCAACUUCCUGGAGAGUGAAGCUCGGCUCAUCCCACUGACUGCGUAUGGUCAGGGUACGACUAUCGUGUCUGACCCACCACUCACAACUGUCCUCAACCUCGGACCGAACUUCAGUAAUCGUCCAUUGAACAAGACAUUCAAGCUGACCAAUCGUGGUCGCCGCCAUCAGCAACUUGUAUGGAGCACAGAGGGAUUUGGACCUAUCGGCAAGGCCAAGAAAGAACUAGCUGCUUACAACCCUCUUGAUAUGAAGAACAGGAACAAGCCACCUCCAGCAGAGCCAGCUAUGCCUAUCUUCAAGCUCAGCCCCAACAGGAUGGAUCUGCCAGCUGGGGAUACAGUCGAGAUGCAUCUAGAGGGAUUUGUAGACAAACCCCAGUUUGUGAGUGAACGUCUGUUGUGCCAUGCCAUCAUUGGGCGACAGGGAGGCAAGGAGCUGGUGAUGAGAGUUGACGUGUCCACAGAUUUCAUCAGCCCCCUUCUAGACUUCUCCACCAAGAGUGUGUUCUUCAGGGUGGACAAGCAGGCUGGCGAGGACAUGAACAUGGAGACCAAGCAGCUGGCCAUGAAUAAUGUGUCCAGUCUGCCACUGACCACAGAGCUCAAGCUGGAGUAUCCCUUCAGACUGGUCCAGGAAGAUGGUGUCGAAGUCUCCGAGAUGGAGGUACACCUUGGAGUCGGUGAAUCAUACAAUUUGAAGAUUCGUUUUGAUCCAGCCUACAAAGAUGACCUUCACAUUCGCACAAUAGACGAGGUUCUACAUGUCACAUACAAGGAACACCCACAUGUUGAUUACAUUGCCCUUCGUGGAGAAGUGUACUUCCCCAAUUUGGAGUUUGAGAAGUCAGUUGUAGACUUCGGCUGCAUCCUCAAUGACACAGAGGUGACACGCUACGUGAACAUCACCAACAACAGUCCGAUGGAGGUGAAGUACCGGUGGUCAUUCCUGAUUGGCAAUGAGCCAUGUGCCGUCAUCAACCGUCCACCAAAGCCUACGAACGACAUCAUUAUGGAGGAGAACAUGAUGGACGUUGUGGAGGAAGAGGUGGAGGGAGAGGAGAGAGUUCAGGUGGUGAUUGAUGAAGGGGCCAGGUCAGAUGAGGAAGGACAGCUGGAGACCAGUUUCUGUAAUGUCAGAGGAAGAGCUGGAGAAGGGUCAGCUGGAACAGGAGGCUCCCCAGAGGGAGGGGUCAAGAAGGAGGACAUUGAACGGCUUGACCUCCAUAGUCGCUUCUCACUUCGUCCAGAGGAGGAAGAUGCCCUCAAAUCUAACCGAGUCCUUACAGCUCUAUUGGAGCGGGACCAGGAGGCCAUCACACCCAUUGGAGUAGAGGAGGUGUUUGAUAUUUUGCCCUUGUAUGGAACUCUUCAACCUGGAGACACAGAACAGAUAACCUUGACCUUUUAUGGCCAUGCUGAUAUCUGGGGUCAGGUGAAGGCCAUCUGUGAGAUUGAAGGUGGCCCAACAUAUGAGCUGACACUGAAGGGAGAAGCUUCCUUAGUUGAGUACACAUUUGACUGCCGAGACAUUGACUACGGCAAACAGAUGUAUGACCAGAUGGCGUCAGCUGAAAUAACUCUUAUAAACACUGGCAAAGUAGGAUUUGAGUUCAGCUCUAUUGGCAUGGAUCCCACUCUGGCAAAGAGACCUUUCCCAGGAAUACCAAUCAUGGUUCCUCAUUCGGGCUACAUUGAACCUCUGAGUGAGCAGAAAGUGACUGUCAAGUUCUUGCCCGGAGUACCAGAGAAGUUCCACAAGAACUUCAUGAUCCAGGUAGCUCACUUCGAACCUGACAUCAUCAACUUGUAUGGCGAAGGCGUGUUCCGGAUAUCUCUGGAUCUCCCAAGGUUCAAGGAUCCUGACCUCCACUAUGAUCUGAUGUUGAAGGAGGCCAAGGAGAGCCUGACGAAGGGGGUCAGGAAACUGGACCAUCAUGCAUCAGAACGACCCACCAGCGCUCUCACCUACAUGCGCUCACACAGGAUGACUGAACAUGUUGUCCAGCACGAAUCGGUACCCUCUGACCUUGAGCUCCAGAUGGAGGCUGAACGUAUUGCUGUACGGGACUUUGCCCUAGAGCUACAGCAGGGGUCAGCACGAGCUGACUUGUAUGAACUAACACCACCUACAAGCAACGAAAGUCGAGACACACAUGCUACUGGUGACUCCAAGAGAAGCAGAGGGAAGAAGAUGAAGAUGAAGCCCCGACUGCCAGAGUAUAUCCUGGACUUUGGCCAUGUUGUGCUGGGAACUGUGAGGACCCAUGUUGUCCAUGCUACCAACACCGGCUGGUUCCCUGCGUCCUUCCAGGUGGAGCGGGAUAACAUCCACCACCAUGGCUUCCACAUAGAACUGGACCGUGUCCGCAACCUGCCAGGUGCUCCUGACCAUGAGACUGUAGACUUUGUUGUGUCCUUUGACCCUAGAGGAGCCAAUCUGCAGCUGGGGCAAGUGGAGACCAUCGUUCCUAUCAAUAUUGUUAAUGGACCCCAAGUAGCCAUCUGCCUGCGGGCCAAUGUAACGAUGCCUGACAUGGAGAUAUCUGAUGAUAUGCUGGACUUUGGGGAUGUUCGGUGUGGGGAGUGUAGAGUGAUCACUGUACAGCUUCACAACCACCAGCAGGUGCCCUGUGAGUGGAACUCACAGCUCUCAGACAAGGACAGAAAACAGGCUGACCGCCACAUCCCCAUGCAUCUGAGACGUAAGCUGCGGCAGGAGAAAAAGAAGCCACAGCACUAUGAGAUCAUGCCCCCCACUGGGAUGCUGAUGCCGGGCCAGAGGACCAAUGUACAGGUCAAGUUCAUGCCUACCGAAGAGAAAUGCUACGAGAAUCGUAUACCGAUCAGGAUUUCUCAGAGCAGUCAGAGGAUCCUGUUGCUUUGUCGAGGUCAGGGCCUUGAGCCUCGUCUUGAGUUUGAUCGCAACCUGGUUGAGUUCGGUCCCAUCCUGCCUCACAGCAGUGGAGAUGAGCAGGAGAUUGUGGUGAAGAACCCAUGUAGCUUCCCUAUAGAGUUCUACAACCUGGAGUGUGACGAGGGCUACCUGGAGGAGGAGAAGGUGCUGCGUCUCAUGAAGGGGUAUGACGAGUACAACACCAUACUUCUCCCUCCUCGCAACCCCGGUGACAAACUGCCACACGAGCUGCUCGACCACUAUGAUGAGCAAAUGAAGAAAUUGGAGGAAGAGGAGAGAAUCAAGAGGGAAGCAGAGGAGGCAGCUGAAGCAGCUCUGAGAGAACAGGAAGAGAGAGAGAAAGAAGAGCAUGGUGAUGAGGAAGGCAAGGAGCAUGACGACACAGAACAAGCACCAGCCAUUGUCAUGACAGUACCAUCUCGGGAGAUGACACCCCGGGAACCACCACCAAAGACUAUUUCAGAUGAAGAGGAAAAGAUUAAGAAAGAUGAAUCUUGGAAGGUACGGAAACCCUUUUUCCAAGUCUCUUACCAGUGCCUAACUUGUCAUGGAUGGGAGGAUGUAAUAGUCAACCAUGUUCUCAUGAUUAUUGGAGGAAUCAUCUUUUGUAUUGCAGAAAGAGACAAGGAGAACACAGUUGGUGUUGGAGAGCUGGAAAUCACUCCAGUGUCUGCUGCCAUUGCCCGACAUCUUGGUAUCGACCUUACUCCUGAAGGCAAGGCGGCUCGGAACCGACGAGGCAUCAGUCUCAUUGUACAUGGACCACCAAUGUCAGGCAAAUCCAGCACAGUGGUGAUGCUGGCCAAACGCUACAAGGCAGCCAUACUUUCUGUAGAUGGGGUUGUUCUUGAGGCCAUAUCCAAUGGCAACACUCCAUCGGGUCUCAAGGCCAGGGAACUGUGUGCUGAAGCCGCCAGAAGGAAGGCCGAGGAGAUCAAGGGCUUGGAGCCAGAUGACCCUGAGAAGACUAAGGCAGGAGGUCUGAGUGUGGAGGCUCUCACUGCCCACACACAGGGAACCGUUCCAGGCAGUGGAGUGGUAGGUGGAGCAGCCUCCAUGGUUUCCAACAGAAAGACAAGCACCAUCUCUGAACAGAAAGGCAAGGAGAAGCAUCAUGGUGGCAGUGUCCUUGGAGCCAAGACUGGAGUCAACACAUCCUCCGUAGAUGGAGCCACAGGCAGUCAGGUGCCAAGUAGUCCCCCACCCCUGGCAGCCCCCAUUGCCCGCCGUCUCAGUGUCAGUGCUUCGGUGGCUGGGGAGGAGGGGCUGAUGAGCUGUAUCCUGCCCGAGGAGCUGCUGGUGGAAAUUCUGGCCGAGAGAUGCAGGUAGCUGGAUGACUGCCAUCGGGGUGUGGUGUUCGAUGGCCUGGAAACACUGUUCUCCCAGAACUACCUCACCACAACCAAUGCCAUCCUGAAGUCUCUCAACAACCGUCGCUUUAUCUUCUUUGUGACACUCAAGCUGGACUACAACAUCCUCAAGGAGCAGGAGAAGAAAGAUAUGGAAGAGAGAGAGAACCAGGCACGUGCAGCAGAGGAGCAGGAGCGACAGAGGCUGGAGGACAUGUCAGAGGAUGAGUACGAUGCCCUCACAGAUGCUGAGAAGGCUGUUGUGGACAAGAAGAGGCUUGAGAUAAAGAAAGAAAGAAUCAAGAAGUAUGUUUUGAGAGGCAUUUACAAAAAGGAGAGAGUUAAGAAAGAGCUUGAGGCCAUGGAAGAAGAGAGAAGGAGGCUGGAAGAAGAAAGCAUUAAUAAACCAAAGAAAACAAAGAAGGGCAAGGAUGCUAAUAAGGACAAGGAUAAGAAGGGCGUGGCCAGCAAGGCCGCCACCCAGCCGAGCCAGGAUCGUGUGGGGCAGAAGUCCCAGGGUGGUCAGCGGCCACAUGACAGUGAACACACAGCCAAGGCUGGCUCCAACACAGAGAGACCAGAGUCCCACCAGACUGAGAAGUCUGACACACAGAUUGAUGACAAAAAGAAGAAGGCAGGCAAGGAUGGGAAGAAGGAUGGUAAGGGCAAGGAGGAUGGUACUGCUGGUGGAGAUGGAGAGGGUAAAGAUGCACUCAAGGAAGCAGAGAUACUGCUCAUGCAGAGGUUCCGCACCUUUGAGCAUGCCCAGAAUGAACUGACUCAUCUCCUUGAGUUCUGGGACAGAACUACCCUACAGAUCAAACGUCCCCCAACUCCAUCUGAGAAGUCAGAAGAGGAUGGAGCACAGCAUCCUCCAUCAGGGAAGAAGGGCAAGGGGAAAGACAAGCAUGACAAAGAAAAGGAGAAAGAGAAGGAGAGACAGAGACAGCUGGAGAAAGAGAUGGCAGAGAAGGCUGCUAAGGAGGCUGCUCUGGCUGCAGCUCAGGCUGAUGGUGAUAGCCAGGAUGGUGAUCAGAUUGAUGACCCCAACAAGAAGGUGGAAGAUGGAGUUGGAGUACCCAACAUCAUCAUCGACUGCUCAGACAAGACUGUCCACCCUGGGGAGAAGAUCAUGCAGGGAGAGAAACUGCCCACAGUGGAAGAGGUUAUGGAUGGCCUUGGCCUUGGCCCCAGAGGACCUCCUAUCCCACCCCCAGCAGAGUUUGCUGUUGUGCCCUACCCAGUGAAGAGGAGGCCACCGCCACUGUCAGAGUUUGGAGGACGCUACGCCUUCAUUGCUGCAUCUCCUGAUGACCCGAAUAUAGGUGUUGAUGAGAAACCCAAGGAUAUGGAACUGGAGGAGGAAAAGUCUGUGACCCCUGAUAAGAUCAAAGAAGAUCAUUCCACACCCACCAAAGGCAAGAGCAAGGGUGGGGACAAGCCCAAGACAGGAACUGCUGAGAAAGGGCGCAAGGGUAGUGCUGAUAGGAAGAAACCGGGAAGACGCAACUCCAUGCAAGUGCCAUCCCCACCCCCUGGGGCAACCACACCCACAUCAGAGGCUGAUGGACAAAGCACAACAGGAGAACCACCGGCUCUCACUGAGCCUAAAACACCAAAGAUCACAAUAUUCCGCUGGGUGGUUCCUGCCAAUAGCGAGGUCGUCCUGAAACUCCGCUUCCAGUCUGAGGAACUGGGACAGUUUGACCAGACACUCAACUUUGAGAUUGUGGGCACUCGGAGGCGCUACCAGCUGUACUGUCGAGGCGUGUGUGCCUUCCCUACCAUCAGCAGGGAACCAAGAAUCGUUUUCCAGCAUCGUAAGAAGAACAAGAAGAGUGAUGAGAUUGUCAUCAAGAAGUAUGUCCUCAUGACUGAGAUAUUUGAGUUUGGGCCACUGCUGGUUGGCAAAUCUAGAGACAAAUACAAGGAAGGCAAAUACCCAGAGAACAUGGAGCAGUUAACAGUUCUCAACACAUCCCCACUGGAGGCCGACAUCAGCUUCUGUUUCCUCAAUGACAGCAAGGCUGAGACGUACCUCCUGGAACCCCCUAACAUGGUCCUCAAGCCAGGAGAGUCACAGCCACUCACAGUCUGGGCCUACCCCAAGGCUCCAGGGCAGUACAAGGAUGCCAUUGUUUGCUGUGUGAGAGAGAAUCCAGAGCCUAUCAUCUUCAACAUCUCCUCUGAUGGCUUCAGGCCGGAGCUGGAGUUGGACAAGAAACAACUUCACUUUGACAAAGUGCUCCUGCACAGGAAGGACACUAAGACCAUCUUCCUCCGCAACCCGACCCAGCUGCCAGUGGCGUGGAGACUGAGUGGCUUGGAGAACCUGGGUGAUGACUUCACCGUGGCAGCAGAGAGUGGGGUAGUGGACCCCCUGUCAGAGUACAGUCUCAACGCCUUCUUCCGUGCCAUGAAGCCUGUACAGACCAGCAAGAAGAUGAUCAGGAUGGAGAUCAUGGAUGUGGACAACAUCAUGGGUGUGGUCCACACUGAGCCGAUCCAGGUCCUGGCUGAGGCCUAUGAUGUGGCUCUGGACAUGAGCUUCCCUAAAGGGACAGAUGGAGGACUGGACUUUGGUACAAUCCGAGUCUCUGAAGAAACCAAACAGACUUGCAACCUGAAGAACAAGGGCAAAUACGAGAUAGCUUUCAACUUCGUGUUUGAGAAUGUGGACAAGUCGAACCCCGACGUGACAAGCCUGUUCUCUGUGAUCCCCCAGAAGGGCACCCUCAAUUCACUUGACCGCCCCACACAGGUUCAGGUGAUCUUCAAGUCCUCCAAGGAGGUGACAGUCAAAGACCAGCCAAUACUCAAGUGUCAGGUCAUCGAGCCGUCACUAGGGGAAGGAGGAGAGAUCAUCGCCAGCAUCCCUGUCAAAGUCUCGGUCAAAUCUGUCUUCAGCAAAUACAACAUCCUGCCAAUGAACGACAUCAACUUUGGCUCCCUGCUGGUUCAGAGCAAGAAGACCCGUCAGUUCACCAUCGAGAACAAGGGGGAGUUUGACUUCAAGUACACCAUCACCAAGAUGGUGAAGGAAGCGCCACACCAGGCUGGCAAUGCCAAGAACAGACCGCCAGUAAAGGGAGAUAAGCGAACCAAGUCUCGAGAUGGGUCCAGCUCGGGACGCUCCGUGGCCAAACCGCGGAGAGCUGAGUCGAUCAGUGAUCAUAAUAGCACGGCUCAGCUUCAUGGCUCGCCCACCCAGAGAUACUGGCCAUACCCGCCCCAAGCCGGCAACCGCAGAUUGAUUAACUUCAGGCAAGAUGCUGGCACUGGCCAGUCUCGUCUACAGCUCGGCAUGUUCACCAUCUUCCCUGCGUUUGGUAUCAUUCUUCCUAAUGGUCAUCAGAGUGUCACCGUGGACUGUGUUGCUGAGAACCAGGGCCGGUCAGAUGAGGACAUCAGUAUCGACAUCACUGAGCGCGACCCAACAGACCACCAGGGUGGAAUCCCAUACAAACUGUUGGCAGAGGCUUGUAUUCCAGCCAUCAAUGUUGAUGAUGUUGGCUCCGUCUUUGAGGAGCACCGCAUCUGUAGGAACCUCAGUGUGUGGCAACACUUGAACCAGGUGGAGAGUGGUGGCGUCUAUGGAGAAGAGGAGAAGAAGUUUGUGUUCAACAAUGUCAUUGUUGGCCGCCGUGCUAAGGCCAGGUUCAAGAUCUCCAACACCAACAAGGUUCCCUGUGACGUCGUGUUCACUCUCAAGCCGAUUCUCACCAAGGGAGCUCCUAAGGUCCAAGACAUCUUUGAGGUGGAGCCAAGCCGGACCCAGAUACCCAAUCACAGCCACUCUUACAUUACCAUCACAUUCACGCCACCAUCAAUGCAGUCCUACAGUGCCAUAUUUGAAGCCUCCAUUGAAGGCUCAAACCAGAACAAAGGCAGAUCACUGGUGUUUGAGGUGUCUGGCGAGGGCAACCUUCCAAGAAUCAGUAUUUCUAAACCAUCCAUCAGGAACAAAAGAGGCCAGCCCUUGUUGUUAUUUAAGAGGAUACUACUGGGGAGAACAGAGGCCCUUCCAUUCGUACUGCGUAAUGAUGGCACUCUACCCAGCAAGGUUGACAUUGAUCUCAUGGAUCCGGAGGAACUGUUCACCCUCAAACCUACUGGUUCAACUCGGGCCUUAAUGGGAGAUUUCAGCAGUGGAGAUGAUGCUGCCAGGAAGCGACCACACACUGCCUCUGUUGUGGUAGGUAUAGGAGAGGAGGCAACAUUCAAGGCCAUCUUCAAACCCAAGGCAGCAUAUCGGUCCCAGGCACAGAUCCGACUCUCCGUGAUAGACAACCAGUAUGAGGACUCUGUCAUUCUGCUGGUCGGGGAGGGUUACGAGGAUGACAUCACUCUUGAUAAUAUACACAGCGUCAACGCUGCUAUUGACCCAGAGCAUGAAGAGGGCAACAUGGCCGAAGAUGAUGUUGCAGCUGCCAAGCCGAACCUUAUUAAGUUUGGUGAAUGCUUCAUCAAUGAACCACGAACUCUGACGUUCUCGAUGACGAACCACUCCAAGACAGACUGUGUCCGCUUCCAGUGGCCGGAUCGUCCCCUCACGUUCUCCCCCAAGACUGGUCACAUUCAUGCUGGCUGCUCCAAAGACAUUGCCGUCACUUUCAAGGCAGAGACACCCAAAACACUCACAGAACAGCAGGUCAUGUGUAAAGUCUCCAAGAUCACCUUUGAGAAACCUAUGGAGCAGAUACCUGACUGGGAUGACAGGAUUCGGACUGUGAAGUGGGUGGAGAACCCCACCACCCCAAACCCUGCUGACAGCACUGCAAAGUCCCAGCCCCCAACACCCCACCAGCCCCGCCCUGCCAAGAAGAAGAUCGUGGAGACCGAGCCGGAACCAGCAUACACCGAGGUGGCUGAUACUGCGCAAUCUGUGGAGCUGUUGGUGUCUGGUGUGUCGGACCACUGCAAGUACAAGUGCAAGGCCGAGUCUGUCCACUUCAAGGACACCCUCAUGUUCCAGACAAGAGUGUAUGACAUCACACUGAGCAACAAGGGUCAAGUCCAGAUGGACUACAGCUGGCAGGUCGUCAUGGACAGCUUCACACCAUCUCUACAGCGGGCAGUCACCUUCAUGUCCGAGGGAGAAAGACCAGAGUCCAGAGUGGAUGUCAUCGACUUAUCAUAUGUUCCUUUCUCCAUUGAGCCCCAGUUUGGAACAGUCCAGCCUGGGAAGAAGGCGAUCUGCACCAUCAAGUUCUCUCCCCUGGAUGUUAGCGACUACGAGGGCAGAUUGGUCUGCAGCAUCCCUAACUUGGAGAAGUCAGAGCAGGGCCCAGUGGUGGGCAUCAAGGGCCGCAGCAUCAUGCCGUACUGCCACUUCGAGCUGGCCGACUCCGACUACAUCACAGGGGCCAAGCGGAACCCGGAGCUGCGAGGACCGGGAGGAGCACCCCCAGGAUCUACCCUGGACCCCAACACCAGGGUCAUGGAGUUCAGCUGUGUGGGGAUCGGAGUCAGGAGUGUUAGAGAGUUUGGGAUUGUCAACCCAACAAGUCACACAUAUCACUUUGAGUGGGUGUGCGAGGACGAACAAGACCCCAAGAUGCCAUCGUGUUUCCGAUGUUUGGCCCAGAAAGGAGACAUUAGGAGUGGUCGCAAGUUCAAGGCUGGGUUUGAGUUUGUGUCUAGUCAGACAGACAUUGUUGAGUCGUUCUGGAGGUUUGUGAUCCCUGAUCAGAACAUCUCCGUACCCUUCCUCCUGGUGGGCAACACUCAGGAGCCGGACAUCGCGAUGGACAGAUCCCACCUCAGCUUCAAGUCACUGCUCAUUGGACGGGAAGCAGAGGAGCAGGUGUUCCUCAUCAAUGGCGAGGACACGCCCUUCAGCUUCUCAUUUGUGGAGGACUCAUGUCACUCAGAGGGAUACUCCGCCCACAUCCGGGUCGAGCCAAUGAGUGGUGUCAUUCCAGCAAAGUCAAAGGUGCCAGUGAGUCUGUUCUUCUCCCCCAACUCGGACAAGGAGGUCAACUUCAACCUGGUGUGUAACAUCAGGAAGAAGGUGCAGCCUGUCACCCUCAACGUGAAGGCGGAGGGCUACUCCAUGAGCUGCACCCUGCUGUGUGAGGACUCCGCUGGCAACAGGGUUGAACUGUCGGAGAAGGGGCUCAAUGAGAUCAACUUUGGAGAGAUUGAGAUCAACGAGCAAGCCAUCAGAAACUUGUUCAUCCUCAACUCAGGCAAGUUCAACUUUGACUAUAAGUGGGAGCUGAACGAGAGAUCCACCAAGAGGGAUGUUGUUACAAUCACACCGAUCAGCGGGGGCGUCCUGCAUGGAGAGAAACAGAAGUGUAUGCUCAGCUUCUGUCCCCCCAGCCGAAUGUCUUUAAGAGGCUGUGAACUGGCUCUGAAGAUCUCUCACGGUCCUACCUACCACAUGAGUAUUCUUGGUCUGGGCGUCACCCCCGGCCUUCACUUCUCCUUCCACUCCUUCAACCUCGGCAACUGUUUCAUCCACCGUGCUGGGAUGCCCGACCACACAACUACACUCAAGCUCACCAACAAGGACAACAAGGAGAUCAGCAUCGACUGUCUCUAUGAACCAACCAAUCAUCUGCAUCACAACUUUGAGGCUGGAGUCAUUGCUCCAGGACAGUCAGUUGAUGUGACCUUCACCUUCUAUCCAAGGGAGGCAAUGAGAUACCAUGAGGUGGUCACAUUUGAAAUCAAUGGUCUCUCCAAGCAAAGUGUGGAAUUUGUUGGACAGGGAACAGAAAUGAAGAUCGAGGUAGCAGAUCCAAAACACAAGAUCGUCAACCUCGGUCCAAAAUAUGUUGGUGAUGUUGUGAAGAAGUACAUCCCCAUUGUCAACAACAGCCCUGCUGCCAUCACCUUCAACCUUGCCCUGACCCCCACAGCCCCUGCCCUGCAGCAGCCAGAAGUCCUCAGUAUCUCCCCCACCCAGCCCAUCAGACUCAGUCCCAGAGGGGGCACCUGCAAGGUGGAGAUUGUCUUCAAACCCAAGUCUAGGAUACCACAGUUCACAGAGGAGGUGAUGCUGGAGUGUGCUGGGCUGUACCAACCCCUGUUUGUGGUCAAGGGGUCAUGUCUGGGCAUGGAGAUCGCCCUGGACACAGAGGGUAUUCCGUUCGGCACCGUUGUCCAGCGUAGUCAGAGCACCCGCAAACUGGUCAUGUGCAACACUGGAGACAUGAACGCCAAAUUCCGGUGGGAUACAAAGCGUUUCAAGCCUGACUUCUCCAUCAGCCCUGCAGAGGGCUACAUCACGUCAGGUAUGGAGGUGACUUUUGAUGUCACUUUCCACCCCCAGGAGGUCAAUCAGGACAUCAGAUAUGACAAACUACGUUGUUUCCUGGAUGGAGGUCCCCACAAACCAGUGACCUUGACCCUGACUGGCAUGUGUACUGGAGUGGGUCCCAGCAAGGAGAUCCUGCACUUUGCCACCCAUGUGAGACAGAAAGAUACUCGUAGCAUUGCCAUUGCCAACCGAACCAAUCAAAACUGGCUGCUCAAGCCAGUCGUUGACGGAGAGUUCUGGACAGGACCUGUCACCAUAGCUGUAGAACCUCAACAGACCAAGUCCUACGAGCUGACCUACAAACCCUUGACCAUGACCACUGAAAACAAGAGGCACACAGGUACAAUCUUCUUCCCACUACCGGACGGGACAGGACUCAUGUAUAAUCUGACCGGAACAGCAGAGCCUCCGAGCAAUGAGCCUCCGAAACCCAGCGGCAUCCAGCGAGAUGUUCCGUGUAAGACGUCCUACGUGGAGAUCAUGCCUGUACAUAACUGGCUCAAGAGGCCACAGAGAUUCCGGGUGAAGACGGAGGCCAUCAAGCCUGACAGGUUGGACCCUGGCACCACCGUGAAGGGCAUGGAGUACAUGGACGUCCCAGCCAACAGCAAGAAAGACUACAAGCUUGCCUUCUACGCCUUCAGGGAGGGAACCACUACACUCAAGGUGACAUUUGUGAACGAGCAGACCAAUGAAUACCAGUAUUACGAGGUGACAUUCCGUGCCACCAAACCAGGCGUUCUCUCCUCCAUUGACCUGUCCACCCCAGUGAGACAGAGUGUCCACCACACGGUCAAGAUAGACAACCCCCUCACCUACCCCGUCACCUUCUCCGUCACCUGCAACAUCCCCGAGGUCCUCAUGCCCACACAGCUGCAGAUACCGGCUCAGUCAGAGGGGCGCUUCAACUUUGAGUAUCAGCCAUUGAAAGCAGGAGACGUUCAAGGUCGCCUGGAGUUCAACUGCAGUGACCUUGGCCUGUACAUGUAUGACCUCAACCUCAAGUCUACACAAGGUGGUCCAGAGAAAGCACUGUACUUCCGCACUUGUCUUGGACAAACACAGAUUCAGAUGGCCAAAUUCUUCAACUUUGCCAAACAGAAGACAGACUACGUCUGCAAGGCGGAUAACCCGGACUUCCAUGUGGACAAAACACUCACUGCCGCCCCGGGCUCCACUGGCGGUACCGAGGUUGCUCUCGAGGUCAUGUUCGAGCCGUCAAGAUUGGGAGAACACCGCAGUGUGUUAACAGUGUCCUCACCAAUCGGAGGAGAAUACACCUUCCCUCUGUUCGGCACAUGCAUCCCUCCCAAACCUCAAGGUCCCUUCAUAGUGAAGGCCGGUUCAUCCACACCCAUCAUAUUCCGUAACGUCUUCAGCAGCAACACUCCCUUCACCUUCCAGGUGGACAACGAGCACUUUGGUCUGGCCAAGCAGGGAGAGACCAUCAGAGCUCACAAAGAUCAUCGGAUCAUCGUCAACUUCGACCCUGGCGAGAGUGGCCCUAAGGCUGUGAUGAUGGGUAAACUGACCGUCACAUGUGCUCGGUCAGCUGGUGGCAAUUCUAGCGUCCAGUGGGUCUUUUACUUGAAAGGGUUGACGCCAUGAAAUGGACAUCUGUGAUUGACAUUGUGUAAAUAUUUUGUUUCCUGUUGUUAAUAGUGGCUAUAAUUAUUGUCUAAACAUUCCAACUCAAUUCAUAUGUUAUUUAUAUGAUACAAAUGUUCUGUACAGAUUUAUUUUUCAUACUGUGAUAAGAUAGGAGUGGAAGUGUUCCAGUAUAUAUUUUAUCUUUGUCUGCAUAUACCGCAAACACUGCACCCAGUUUGAGUUUCUAAUAUUACUAGAAUGGACAUGAAAAAUGUCUAAACAAUCAAUCGAGGAUUUACUUGUUGAUUAUAUACAAAAGAUAAAAUGAACUUUGUUACUGAUUGCUAUUGUGUUACCAUUUGUUUUACACUUAUGUAUUUGUUAUUGAGAAAAUAUUUGUCAUUGCUUGAACAUAAAAACGACCUGAAGACAUUAACAGUUUCCCCAAAGAGAUUUCAUGAAAAAUAAAAUAAAAAGCAAGACAGCAGAAUUCAUGGAUCAGCAAUAUACAAAAGUCAUUUCUUUUCACUAGUGACAGUGAAACAAUUUCACAAAAAUUCAAAAACAAAUAUUUGUCUCUGUAAACAAUAAACAGUGACAGAAGGCUUAUGGUCAAAAUCCGUCCAUGCUGAAAUGAUAUUGUUUCACAAUAAAAUGUGAAAGUCUUGAUGGUCAUUUAGUACUUGUGACAAGUGCAUCAUGACGAAGCAUCUGUGAUAUGUUAAUCAUCAAAUAUUUGUACAUUUCUGUAAAAUAUUAAAUAUAUUUCCUGAAA